UGACCCCAGCCGACGCCUGGCGGAUGGGAACCAACACUCUCCCAGACGUCAACACGGAGCCUCAGCUGGAGAAGAGAAGCACAACUCCAUCUCUCUUUUUCUCUCUCGCACUUUCUGCCUUGGUAAAGGUUCUUCAAUGGCAGUUUGUUACUCAAGAUGAGUGAUGCUCAUCCCAGCAGUCAUCCCGAUGCUUCAUCAGUACCCGUGGCGCAAUGGUAAAACACUUGCCCCACACUUCCCGAGCAACUUGGCCUGGAAAUCAUUGAGAGGUCUGGAGAUUUUUGCUUGAUUUUCAUGAAGGUUGUAAACUCCAUCAGAAAGCGUAAGAGCAGUGAAAGAAAUGCACCUCUAGUGCCAUGCGGACAGGUUUAUACCGCCACUUUGGCAAGUGGCUGGGUUUGGCUGGUUACAUGAUCCAGUAUGGCUGCAUUGCUCACUGCACCCUGGAGUUUGUUGGAGAUUUUGUCGUGUGUAAAGGACCUUCGAUGGAACCAACUAUAUUCUCAGAGGACGUGAUCAUUACUGAGCACAUUUCUCCUCGAUUAAAUCGCAUCAGUCGAGGGGAUGUCAUCAUUGCUCGUUCCCCAACAAAUCCCCACCACCACAUCUGCAAGCGGGUCACUGGCCUUGGGGGAGACAAAGUCAAAAUUGGUUUUCGAACUCAUAUUGUUCCCAAAGGUCACGUGUGGUUGGAGGGUGACAAUACUAUGAAUUCUACUGACUCGCGCAAUUUUGGAUCUGUGCCAGCAGGAUUAAUUCGUGGUCGAGCAGUAUGCCGAGUAUGGCCAUUGUCUGAGCGUGGGAAAUUAGAUUCCAUGCAGAAGUGGCAGGUUGACCGAUGAUGAGGUGGAACAUAUGUGACAGGAUACUUUUCUUAAAGAACCAUUGUUAAGAGGGAUAAAGGCCCCAGUUAAGGAUGCUUGGUAAAAUGUGCCUUUAGUUAUGAAUUUCGUCCAAUAUAAAAAUAUAUUCUUUAUUUAUGUAGAUUUAUUUUUUUUUAUGAAGAUUUUUUUUAUGUAGAAUGCAAGAAAAACGUACAGCGAUAUGAGGAUAGUUUUAGUACUUUUGGUCCGCUAGGAGUUUUUUCAGAGACAUCUCUGAAGAAGUUCAUAGCGGAGUGAAAGACUUUUUUCCAAUUUACCUGAUUUUACCUGAGAGCCAUUAACACAAGUGGCCUCGUCGAGGAUAGGAAGCCGGUGGCUUGUCGAAGGUCCCUCUAUUUGCCUUGAUCUUUUCCAGCUGUACCUUAAAACUUAACAGUUUUGGCAUUUACGGCUUCGGCGGGUAGGCAUUUCCAUGGGUUAAUUAUCUUAUGGGGUGAGAGAGCUUCUGUUUUCAGUCCUUCAUUGUGGCUUGUUGAGCUUGAAACCGUUGCUCCUGCCUGCAGUUUUUCUUGCAUUUUGCAGUCACAUGUUGUGUAACUUUUUGCAUAUGUUGAUUACAUAAUAUAUGCAGCCUGUUUGCAAUUUUAAAUUAGGCUGAUGUUUGCUUAUUAAUUACUUUCGUGUAUUGACUAUGGGUAACAUUAUAUUUCCUUGUUGGAAAUAAUGCUUUAUCAUUCAAGAAAAAAACUAGUGCAUAAUUUAUUUGGCAAUGAGUUAUUGCUAUAGACUCUGUAAGCUCAAUAACUCAUAAUAUUUGAGGUUUGAAACUAUUAAGUAAAAAGUGUUAUACUAGAAAGUGUAAAAUCCUUUUGUUUUUCACAUUUGCAGUGCUUCGUCUUUGUGAAAUGUUUCUUGCGGGUUGUAUAGGCAUCUGAUUCAUGAUAUUUAAAAUAAAAAUUUCUUAUUAACACUGUACCUAUUGUUGUUGAAGUACAUUACUGUAUAGUAUAUUUAUUUGGUCCUGUACCUAUUGUUGUUGAGUACAUUACUGUAUAGUAUAUUUAUUUGGUCCACUGAUGGUAACAUUAAAAAAAAAUCAUUUCAUUCUGUAUUUUGUCUUCAGUUUUUUAUAUUUUUAUAUCUUAAUGAUCAGUGAUAUGUGGUUUAGCUUCUGUGACAGGUAAUUAUAGUCUUAAAAAUCAUCCGAUGUGAAAUUCAUAUGUUAAGUACAGUAUUGUUAGUAAUAUUAUUUUAAUAAGUUGUGAAAUAUAAAAUAUUCAAACCUGAAACGUUCACGAAAACAUUUAAUUAUUAAUCUAAAUUGAAAAUUGUGUUGUGUAUUGUUACAAAAUAUCAACCUCUGAAGUCUGCAAACAUAUUUGCUAUAUGGAAAACAUUUUGAUGUAUUACUCUAUAUGAUUACAUACAGUAUGUGUAAUAAGUAAUAUACAUUUCCUUGUACAUUACAGGUAUGUGUAAUGCAAUUACACAGGUAUUUUCCCAAAUUUCCGUUGCAUUUUUAAUAACACUUACUAUUGAACGUUAAUUGGAGAUUAGAGGAAAUGACAGUAGCAGAGAUUGCCAAUCCACACAUGACAAUAUCAUAGGCAGUUAAGAGAAUAGUGAUUUAGGUCAUGUACAAUCCCUCGGCUAACUGAAAGAGGCAUCGGAAAGUGUAUAACUAGAGCAGCAUAAUUUAUCUGUCAGACUGGAGGCAGAUUAAGGCGCUUUAUCUAAGAAGGUCCGAGUACAGUAUAUGGUUAGGACAAGACUUGCAUCUCUACGGCUAAUACGCGUACAUUGAGAUGCAAGUCUUGUCCUAACCAUAUACUGUACUCAGAUCUUGAUGAAGCACUCAGGAGAGUGCAAAAGACUUGGUCUAAAUCUUUCCAAAAAAUACACAAAUACACUAGUGUGGGUUUUUAUCCUGUCAAUCAUAUUGUAUCCUACUCUCAUAUUGGCAUCUUGAAUGGUAUUUAGUUUUUUUUUUUUUAAUAUUCUGUAAUAGUGCUCUAUAGCCAUACUGUCUUACCAAUUUCUUUUGCCAGUUCCUAAUUUUGUGUUUACAGUAUAUAGAGAUUGAGAUUAUGAAGUCCAAUUUACAGAGGACCAUUGGUUGUACACUAAAAUAACCACCAAUUAUGAAAGUGGUCUGCAGCCUUUGCAUGUAAUUCAGACACCUGAAAGAUAUAACAUUAGUUCGGAUUCAUGGGAUUCACGUUCCUAAAUGUCAUCCUAUGUGCAUAAGUACCAUUUAUUUAUGGGAAUUUUAUUUGAUAAAAUACUAUUUAGUUUUUGAAAUAACAUGAAGGGUCGUAAGUAGAGGGGACUGAAUGUAUUUGAUCUUUGUCACUGUAGCAAACUGCACACGUGGUGUGAACUUUAGAGAAUCUCGGUGUUUGGAAGAAAAUAAGCACAUUGAAAAAGCACUUGACAAAAUAUUUAUGUGAUGCUAAAGGCAAACUUGGCCACCAAGCCUUUAAGUUGUUUUUACUUUAAUAGUAAUGAAUUUGAUCUUUCCAGUUUUAUCACCCAACCACUUUUUUUUGUGUAUAAAAUAUUCUUUUUACAAGAUUUAAGAAGCUAUCUCAUUUACAAGCACUGUACAGUAAUCAUAGUGUUGAAGUGGUGGUAGAUUUUUAAAAUGUUAACAUAAAAAUAUCCGUAUCACAGUGCCUGAAGAAGAAAGUGGUGCUAAGUACAGUUGGAUGUAUACAGCUAUUUGUAUUUUUUUUUUUUUCCAAAAGGACACAUAUUUGUGCAUUGUCCCUUCAGCAAGGAAUAUUUUUUUUGUAAUUCAGUUUUUAUAAUUGUGUAUCUGAAGGCCAAGUGGCAAUUUCACACUGAAUUUACAAGAGUACAAGUAGCCUACCUGAAGUGUUGACCAUCCUGAUUUUGAUGAGUUAACGCAAGCUUAUAAUUACAGUAUUUUAGUUUAGUCAAUGGUUAUGUACAGUUUUGUACCGCAGAAAGGUGUUUGCUCCUGGCUAAAGCCUUCAUGUGGCCAGUUGUUAAUGCUGUAUCACAUUUAGGUAUACAUAUAAAGAUGUCAUGCAGGAAUGUUAAUAAAAUGGGAUUUUUUU